AUGUUGCCCGUCAGAACGGGUUUUCAGUUAUUAACUCGGUGGCGACCAUUUUUGAUACAUCCAUCAGUUCGUAAUGUGAUUACUGGUCGUUCACGUUCAGAAGCACCACAAUCUGUACCAGAUGAUUGGGGCACUUUAAAGCCACUCGACAAAGAUCCAGUAUCAACACCUAUAGUACGCGAUCAAAAACGUGUCGGUGCACCCAAUGAAGUUAAAGGAAAAGAAAUUGAAAUUUUAUGGCCAACAGAACGUGAAAUACAAGAAGGAGAAUAUGGAAAACCGCAAUGGGAAAGAAAACAGAUCAAUCAUAUUUGGUACGGUUAUGAUUUCAAUGAUAAAUUUCAAGAUGAAGCCAAAAUGAAACAACGAAUGUUUUCCCUUGUUUCAGUUGGACUGUUUUUGUUUUGGUUUAUGUGGCGAUAUUUUCCUGAUCGAUUAUUAACCAAUUGGUGUCAACGUGAAGCCUAUCUUCGUUUAGCUGCACAUGAAAGUCUUGGCCAACCAGGAGUUAGUCCUUGGUAUGUCGAUCCAACUAAAGUAGAACCAUAUUUACCAACUGAUGAAGAACUUGGCGACAUGCAAAUUGAAAUUUAG